CGAUCACAGCCAUCCAUUAUAUCGGCUUCCGCACUAGCGCAUUGCACGUGGACGAGCAUUCCGUGGAGCCCCAUCUGAGCCCUCGCUCUUCCUCCAAAGGCCUCUUCGUUCUCUCCUCCUCCGUCGUUCCGCCGCCGCCGCCUCCUCCGCUGCGUGGUGAAGCAUUGGGGGGCGCCAGCGAUGUCCUUCAGAGCACGGGAGAUCUACAAGAAGGUCGUUCGGAAGGUGGGGGACUCGGUGCCAGCGGAGGUGCUGGAAUCGAUGAGGAAGGGCCUCCCCAACAACAAGCUCGUUAUGGGCAGGGCCAAGCGCGGCAUCUACGCCGGCCGCCACAUUCAGUUCGGCAACAAGGUCAGCGAGGACGGCGGCAACAAGUCUAGACGGACAUGGAAGCCUAAUGUACAAACAAAGCGCUUGUUCAGUUAUAUCCAUGACAGACACAUCCGGGUCAAGGUUACAACGCAUGCUCUCAGGUGCAUUGACAAAGCUGGUGGCAUAGACGAGUACCUUCUGAAAACACCUUACCAUAAAAUGGAGACAGAGAUGGGCUUAGUUUGGAAGGCCAAGGUCGAGAAGAUGUACGAGCAGCUUGGGAAUAUGGAAGUGGGUUUCUUUUCUCCUGAAGAGGAAGCCAAGAUUGAAAAGGGCUUUGAAGAACUCAAGAUUGCCAAGAGGGAUGCUCGAAGGGAAGCAAGAAGAGCUCUGGCAAAACAAAGGCAGAUAGAAGAAGGAAGAGUCAACAGUAAGGAGACUAUAGAAGCAAAGCAGACUGAUAAUGCGAAGAAGGCUGAACAAGAGGCUCCUAACCUGUCAUGAUUGUUUGUAGCAGAGUAGAGUUGAAGAUGGAAAGCAGGUCAUUAGGAGAGGAUCAAUAAAUGCCAUUACAAGCAGAGGGGCCUGACCAAGGCCUUCAAGGUGGAGUUUUCUUUUAUUAAUCAAAUGGCUUAAGUAGGUCUAGUCUUUUAUAACUGCAUGGAACAAUGUUGUUGAUCUUUUGUUUGUAACUGGGCAUGACUUUUGGCCCUUAAAGGUUUGACUUAAUACCUUCCUUAUUGAAAUUGUCAGUUGCUUACAGGAUUAAGAAAUUGUACAGCUAUUUUGUUUAGCUGAAAGAUAUUUCAUGGUUCAUGCAAGUUUGGCUACAUGGAUUAUUGGACCGCUUUUGAA